GUAGCUUGCAGCUUGUUUCCGGCGAGCGGUUCACAUGAAUCAAAGCAAUAGCUGCCACUGUUAAUUAAAAUUGUCAGCAAGGUGUACUCCAUGAAUACAAAAAUUAAUCAUUUCCCGAGGUGUCAUGACUGAGUAGGCCUACUGUAUUGCUGAGUGCGGAGAAAUUAACCUCAAAGUGGGAAAGAAAAUACAAAGUUGAAGGUGCGUGCAGAUAUCGUUGACAAAAAAUUGCACCGAUUGAAUUUAUUAGGGACCAUUAAAUAUAAUACUUAGUCCUAUACGGGACAUUAAAAAAAUAAACUGUGAGUUUAUAACACCAUUUUACGUGGAUAUUUUAUCUUACACACUUAAACAUCAAUGUAAAUUUCACCUUAGCAUGUUAACGGAGGCAUGAAGAGCGUUCUUGAAAUAAUACACCGACUGGUGACAUAACCAUCCGAUUUACUCCAGGUGCACUUGCAUCCUGUACAUGUACCAUCUCUAAUCUGCCGAUUGGUAUUUUAUGUGGUGCUGCGCCUUGAGUACAAGCCAAUUUUCAAAAACAGCUGAUACCAAAAGGCAAAUAUAUCUUCAUUCAAAUCAUGAAUAAACAAGCUCUGUUAAAAUUUGACGCCGAAAAAAAUUAAAAGAGAUCCUCACCUCACCGCUAUGGAUGGCGAGAGAAAGAUGAUAAGCUAAUUUACUCACACAUAAUUAAAAGAAAACCAAAAUCCUGUAUUUUGCGAUCCAUUUCAUAGAGCAGAUUUAAAAUCAUAUUUAUGUAUACAGCCUUCAUUCAAGUCAUAACGAUCGGUUUCUUCAUAAUGUGAAUUAAAUUUAGGAUAUCGAUGUCCACCCCAAAUAAUUAUGAUACGUUUGUUGUGUGCAAAUAAACCUCGAAUUUUAGGCAAAUAAUCUUACCUAACACAAACACGAAACACUGGCAAGAGUUAAUGCAGCAGCGAUAAUGUUAGAUGAUGCGGAGCGUGCAUAAUUUAUUUUCGAGAGAUUCUCCCGCUGACGUCCUUUUUUGUGUUGUUUCUCGAAACGCUGUUUUAUACCUGUGACAUUCAUAUUCGAUUUUUUUUUUGUACGAGAAAAAUAAAAACUACACUCUUACGUUAGAAACUAAGAACGUUUUUAGAUGGGAAGUAUAGAUAUAUAAUAAGUUGACAGCCUCUUCCCGAUUGUCGAGGGCUUAUUUUUCAGGACUCCAUUCGAGAGAGACUCCAUUGUUCGAAUUUGAAUCCUUCCACUGCCGUGGAGAACUGCUAGUGAUGCAAACGCUAAUGUGGCCCCAACCGAGAUAUAUACACACAGAUUUCACAUCGAGUGGAUAACCUUUUCCGUCAGUGACGUACCACAGAUCACGAUUACGGUGUUUUACAUCGGAUUUUUGCUCCUUGUUUGGACGACAAAAUGUUGUUGGUAGAAAGUCAACAAGAACAUGUACAGUUCAUUCCAGGGUAUUUACGGUACACUGAGCAGUACACCGGUACACCGUUUCAUUUUUUCGUUCAGGGCCAGAAACAACACUUUAUUUUCUGCAGUCAUCAUAAAUAAUCACACGUGCAUAUAUGCGGGUGUCCCGUAAUGGUAGUCCUAUACUUGAUACGAACGUACACUCGCACAUGUAAGUUAGGUUAUAGGUCCCUCAGAUUCACCGUACCAGCGGCUAGGCAGGAGAGACUGUCGACGGGUUAGUUGGGCUGCGAGAGAGGUCACUGCACACGAUAUGCUGGAUGAUGAACAUGGACUGUCGUGUAUUCAGCGAAUGAGCGAGAUAUUUCAAGCUUCCGUUUAAACAUAUUUACGACGAGCAAACUGGGCGCUCGUGUGUGGUACUUCAAGCGUAGUGUCGACAGUGAAAUUUUGUCGGUGCUUGUCUGAUGUAUUUGGCAUAGUUUGGCUGAUGAUACAUUGCCAAGUCAUCCCUAGCAAGUAACGCAGAUUUAGAAUAAGACUCACACGUAACGAUUGUGAUUUCAACCGGCCUGAAGCUGUCAUUGAAGGGCUGAACUUAAACUUGCCAUUCCUGUAUGUGAAACUAUGGGGUACGUGUCCCAACGCUUUGUCUCCAAGAUCGAUCAAAACCUGCUGUGCGGGAUAUGCAAGGCAGUCAUGAAGGAUGCCGUGCUGACACGGUGUGGGCACGCCUUUUGCGACCAAUGCCUCGAUACCUGGCUAGCACGACCCCUGAGCGGCUCCUGCCCACAGUGCCGAGCGUCCGUCAGCAAGUUCCAGGUCAGCCCCGUCUGGGCCAUACGGGAGAUUGUCAGCAACCUCACGGUCGAGUGCGAUUAUGGUGACCGAGGAUGCCGCCUUGUGAUGAGAGUGGAAUCUCUGGAGAAGCACCGGGCCAGCUGCGCUUAUGCCCCCGUCGAGUGCGCCGGCUGCGAAACAGUGGUGAGCCGCUAUGAGCUCCCCCACCACCAGGGAGUGUGCGCCAAGAUAGCGGCCACCGCCAACGAACCCGACCUAGACGAGCCCAGGGUGAGGGAAUGGUCGGAUCAGCUUGUGGAAGAUCUAGAGGCCAAGCUCUGCAAGACAGAACAGCAGCUGAAGCAGACCAAGAAGAGGUUGGAGACAUCGGAGAGCAACGGUCGCAAGCUGGAACGAGACCUGUGUGAAGCCAGACUCCAGCUCCAGCGGAAACAAGGGGAGUGCACCUUCCUGCACCUGAGCAGCAACCCGGAGUUUGACCAUCAGUACCCUUACGGCUUCUCUCCCGAGAGUAUCUCCAAACUGUCCCUCCUGAUCGCUUGCCAUUUGCUCCGAAAGCCCGACUACAUGGACCGCAACCGCAUCUUCAACUGCAUCAAACGGUGCUACGACAGCUUCGCACGGUGUGGGUCCCACUUCGAGCACGACGUCCACAUGCUGGUGGCCACCGCCUAUGCUAGCAACUGGUUCACGGAGAACCAGAGGAUCAACUUCCACUGUUGGCUCCAGAGCAUCGCGCGGUACCGUAAAUAUGCCGACUUGAGUGGCCCCCCACAUCCCGGCUGCACCGCUAGUGUCAUCAGGAGGACCACAUCAUUACGAAGCUGAAGAUUUAAUUCUAUCAUCUUUUUACCUUUAUAAAAUGUUUUGUCAAAUUGUCUGUCUAUACUGAUACAAGAGCAAGAAGUAAUACUUUUUAAUUUAACGUCUAGUACAGGGUGCAAUUGGAUAAGUUUGUUUAUACGUGUGACCCCCCCCGCCCUUGCCCGCUUAGGAGAAAGUUAAUAUCAGCAGGACAGUGCCCUGCAUUGAGAUCAUCUGAAACCUUAUGAUAAUGACGCUCAACAAGUGUCCUCUUGAGUCCUGUUGCAGCUGAGCAAACUCACUUAUUUACAUCGGUGUCUUCAUUAUCUUUCUGCAAUCUCACAUAUUUUCUCAUUCCAGACAUUAUUUCGGACCUACUGUGUACGUAAGAAAGGCUUUGCAGGUACAUGACACAGUGCAGUUCAGAGCGGGGGUAUAAAUUGGGUGGCUUCAGAUUUGCAGACAAUUCUCUGUUACUGAUGUAGGUGUAGUUCAUUGUUAAGCCUUCCCGUUAAUCAAUUGCCUUAAAAUGAGUCCAAACAUUCCAAGGUUAUAAGCUGUUGUCAGCUGUCACCAUGUAACAAUAACCACUUGCGUUGCGCUGAUGGUAGCUAGAUCAAUUCCACAGUGGGACCGCAAAAAGAGUUGAGUCGCUGAUUCCAUCGCAAUUCAACAUUUCAUCAUUAAUAAAUGGCUAAAUUUCUCCAGCAUGAGUUUGGUUUUGUUUGAUGAGCUGAGUAAUGGACGAGUUUUAAUAAUGAUUAAGUAUUUGUUGUUUCUACCACACCUCAAAAUUGCGGCUAUACAGUAAGCCAAAAGAUGAGCAUUUAAUCAAACGAAAUGUUAAUAUGUUGGCAUCUAGUAAGAGGUUAGCACUCUCAGGAUUCAGUGGAUCACAACGUGAACCUGCUUUGAGCAAACCAAUUUUUUAAAUCCUCUUGGCCUAGCUUUUUUGCACCCUUGGAUACGUCGCCUUGUCAUUCAUCUUUUGCCUGAGUAGCUGUCACGUUUAUAUUUGACACUGAGUGCUCUCGAGGAGUACGUAUCAUUUAGCAAUGUUUGCAAUUAAUCUUCGUUAAAUGCCCAACGGUAUGAACUAAGUAACGAUUAAGUGGCGGGUAGGAUGGGGAUCAGAGAAACCGUACAGUUUGUUCUGGUUCUCAAGUGGAUGUUUAGUACUUGUGUACAAAGCACGCAGCUGUCCCCAAAAUAGUGUAGUGUCACGUCUUUUCGUGUUUAACGGACUUAUGUGUGUAGCGCCUCAAAAGGCUGACAGGGAAAACAGCUAUACUUUUUUUUUUGGUUACUGAAUUGAGCAAGAAAACUAACAUCGUUAUGCUGAAUAUACAAACAUUCUGUGGGGUUGAAAUGGCAUUGCUCGGGUAGGGAUCGAUCCUUGGGGAUGAUACGAUGGAUGAUAUGAGAAGAAGGAGAUGAUGUUUGUGCCAUUUGUACCAUUAGACGUGUGAGAGAGUCGAGGACUAUAAAGAUGUAGAUCUGUGACACCUUUAACCCACCAUGCAAAGACAGAGAUCUCCACUUCAGGAAACGAGCGGAAAAAGCUCGUCAUUUUUGUUCAGUGUGACAAAAGCCUUUCGAUGCUCUUGUGAACCCCAAAAUGCUCCUUCCAUUUCAGGUACAUGUAGAUGUGCACGUGGGGCUCACAACAGGUAGAGAUAAAAAUUGUCUUAUGUCUUGAAAGGUAAUUACGUGUUUGAACGUUGCUUUGCCUUUUCAUGUUACACUUUGCAUUAUCGAAGACUGUUUUCAACAACAAAAUCAGGAGAGAUAACUUAACCUGGAAUACUGCAAAAGGGAAAUGGGAAUUCAUGCAACCAAAAGACCUUGUUAGGACAAAUCAGGAAGUCUGGUAGCUGUUUUUGUGAUAUGAUAUGUAGGUACGUUAUUGUGUAAACUAAAGAGCUGAGCCAGUGUCAUUAUUUAUAUUAUAGACUCAUUAAAUCGGAGAAAUAUUGUAAUGCCGAGUGCACAAUUUGCACUGAAAUUAUUGUGCUGAAUUUGUGACUUUUUUAGCUUUCGUCCUCAAUAUCUUUGAUGGUGAAUUACUUGUUGAUUCAGAUAAUGUGUUAAUUUGAUAAACAUUUUAUGGCACAGGAAGGAGUGGUCAUUGACUUUGUUUGUAGAUACAGUUUACAUUCGAGAAAGUAUAUUAGGAAUUUGCUUUGAUUUUAUACAUGUACAUCCAUCUUCUAGCGCGAAAUUGUGAGUUGUACCUUGUCAAGUACCACUCCCUGACGAAUGUGGAUACAUCAAAGUAUUAAUCACAAUCAUUACAUAUUACCGUAACAAGUGUAUAAAUUUAUGGACACCCAAAGAGUGCAACUGAUUUAUUUAAAAGUGGCAUCAUCAACUAAUAUCUGUCCAACACGCAGCAACAGCCUAUGUUAUUAAGUUAGCUUUGCGUCACAGAUGUUAAUUUUAAACCAGAUUUUGUGACUUCUAUCCCUACACCGAUUACGUUCACACUGUAUCCUCAGUGUGCUCCAAGAGCUAUAGCCUUCAGCCUGACAGCUUAUUCUAAAGUUUCAGGGAAAAUCUAGGAUUUCAUAGCAAUCAAAUUUCCACAAGAGUCUUUCUUGUUGGAACUUGUCAUCUGGACGACAAUGGAACAAUCAUUUACUGUGCACUGCUUCUGCCAGAGGCUCACAAGGUAACGCAUGAGCGUCGGGGACGCGUUCUUUUAACAAAAGAAGAAAGAAUUUCAUGGCAGAAGUGCGUCAGUGAAAGCUAAACAAAACCUAAAGUUCUAUAUUUUGCACAAAAAAAAAAUACUCCGGGUUAUUUUUCACUAUAGCGAUGUCAAGGUGCCCCUUCUUUGUGCGGAACCUUUUCAGUGUCUGGUUCUCACAAUCUGUACCCUGGCAAAGUAAACAUUCGUGAGCAAUGGAUGCAGGUUCUGUGGAAAAUGUUGUACAUGUAUCCAGCUAUGUUCAAUGUGUAAACGAAACAAAUUACAUUACUUAAUGAAUGGUGCUCAGCCUUUUUUUUUUCGUAUUAAGAGUAGGACUUUGCAUCCAUGGCUAAACAGGAUAUCGAUCAUUCAUUAAUGAUUAAUUCCAGCCAUUAGAGUGAUAAUAUGAAAUUUGCCACAAGUUUCAAAUACAUUAAAGUGACUCAAAAUACAAUCUUUGCGAUACAAGACUGAUAUUGUACUGAAAUCGCUGUUGCGGCGAAAUGCGCGUACUGGAAGAGAGGCGAGACGAUUGCGAUCAUACAGUUUGAUAUUUUCCACUUCUCUGUAUAAACCUGGCGUCCGGUAUCAGUUUGACGUGCACUCGACAGCCACACGACACAGGCAUAGUUUCCUCUGUGUUUAUGAAAAGACAAGAUUCUUGGAUGUUAGAGUCGCCAACAAGCCCUUCUAUAGUUUGUGUUACAAAUACGGUGUAUUAUGUAUACAGUAUGUUCGAUCUCACCCUCAAAGUUUGGGUCAUUGAUUGGCCGGUGAUUGGGAAGAGACAAAAGAUCUGACGCAACUCACAAGUUAUUAAAUCUUCUUUUAAAAUCAACCAUUAGGAAUAGUUUGAAUCAUGGACUUACACAAGUUUAAAAGUUUCUUUCCGUUGUCAAAACAACCCGGAUUUGCCACGCGUAGGGGGUGACAUUGAAAUCCUCAAAUGCCAUAAUAAAUCAAGUCUGCGCUUGUAUACAUCAAUGGCGACAGCGCAGACGUCAAAAUAUGGUCUUGUUUGUUGUAAAAUUUGAGCAAAGUUUAUCUGGGUAUGUUUUAUGUUGAGGUUGAGGGGCCCCAAAGAGGUGAAGUGUACACAGGUAGGGGACUGAGCGUCAAACUGUGGUACUUGCGAGGUAACUGGAUUUUUUUGGAAGUCAGAAAGUA